AUGAUGGAUGAAUCUACAUUAAGAUCUACUGGUAAAAUAUGUAUAGUUUACGUGCGGUAUAUUGAAGAUAAUGAACCUAAAACAUCAUAUUAUGGUUUAUUAGAUUUAUAUGGUGAUGAUACUGCUAAGAACAUUGUUAAACGUCUUAAUUGUUUGUGGACAAAAGAUGAUUUAAAGCCAACAAAUUCAUGUUGGUUGUCAACUGAUAAUGCGUCAACAUUUACUGGUGCAAAUGAAGGUGUUAUAGCUAAACUACGUAAUCAAUUAUCUAUUGAUUAUUUAAAAUUAAAUACAUGUGUAGCUCAUUCGUUUGCUUUGGUUGGAUCUCAAGCAUCAUAUAAUUCAAAAACACUAAAUAAUAAAAUACCUGUUCUUUCUGAAUCUAUCAUGAAAGUUGAGUCUGUAAUAAGUAAAAUCUACAACUAUUUUAACAAGAGUUGUCCUCGACAAUUGAAGCUUAAAAAUUGGCAAAAUUUCACGGAAAUGCCUGAGCUCAAAUUUAAGAGAAUUUUCGAUAUUCGGUGGUCAUCAAUUCGUGAUUGUAUUAGACCAAUAAUUGUUAAUGUACAACCAGGAUCUCAAGCACUCUUUGCGUGUUUACAAGAAGCAAUAGAUGAUUAUAAUUCAACAAAUGUUGAACGUGAAUGUGCAAAAGAUCUGCUGAACGAAAUACUAAAUGAUGAAUUUCUCUUUUUGCUUCACAUGCAUCAUGAUCUUCAUGAAUCUGUGCUUGGACCAAUUACAAAACCGAUGCAAAAUGAUCAUUUAUCUUACUUUAAUUUAAUGGAAACAAUAAAAGAAAAAACAAGUAUUUUGAAGGGUUGGACAUUUGAAUCACCAACAGCAACAGAUCCAGCAUUAGCCGAUUAUCUUGAAUUAACAAAAACGAAUUCAUUUGGUGCAUUUAAAAUUGUAAAAGAUGAUCGUGAAAAAUUAUCAAAUAAUUGUUUAGAACAUAUUAAUCGAUUAUUUGAAGAACUGGAUAGGCGAUUUUCUUCAUCAUCUGUUCAAGAAAACCCAUCUAUUCUAUUUGAUCCUCAAUAUUUGAUCGAACACAAAAAGAAAAUAAGUUCAAACACAUAUGGACGAUCUGCACUUGAUUUUGUAAGAAAAAAAUAUCGAAAUUUUUCGGAUUUUGAUUUUAUUGCUGUUCGCAAUGAGUGGGAAUCACUCAAAGCUUCAUUGAUCGAUUACAUAGAUUAUAUUGCACUUGAUUAUUCACCAAAAAAUGUUUUGGAAAAAUUUUCUUUUACUUAA